UUGCACAAUCGACCCAUUUCAAUCCACUUCUGCAAGUGGUGACAAUAGCUCGGUAUUAUCUUCGCCACACAAGACGCGUGAGGAGCUGACGGAUGUUCUCUUUCCUUGAAUUUGUUUACCAUUCGCAUUUCUAGCUCACCUUCAGCCAUCCAUCUAUUUUACCCUUCUCCACGUUAGUUGAACAAUGUCUGGCGCUCAGUAUCGUCGAGGAGGCCGAUUCGCGACCGCCAAUGGAGGCGAGAACCAACAACGUCAACUGUCACUUCCGUACGCUCAUUGCCAAGUAGACGGUGAUCACUAACACACGCUAUGAAUAGGGUCAACAAGUGGAAGCGCGAAUGGGUGGCCCCUGAAGGGUUACCAGCGGAGAGCUCGUACAAGGUGUUCAAAUGGGUCAAGAGCGACGUCAAGGCUCAGUUUGGAAAUGACGCUGUCUACGAAGUCCGGGACGAUACGCCAGGACAAGAUGAUGAUGAGGGCGAUGAAGGGGAAGGACAGGAGAACGAGGAUGAUGAAGAUGAUGAGGAUGGCGAUAACGGCCAGAAUGGGGAAGAGUCUCAGGAUCCAGCAAAGGGCGAGGUCCAAGCAGCUCAAGGAGGGGCAGAAACAACGGGCGUUCAAGCGCCAGAAGCUCCCAAAGAGACUGAGUCUGAAGCUCUUCCUGAAACGCUGUCCACUGCUGCUGAAGUUGCGGCUGAGCCUCAAGCUGCCCUCGCCCCUGCCCUUGCCCCUGAACCCGCCCCCGUCCCUGCGGCAGACCCCCAAAGUAUCACCGAACCCACCGCCGAGCCCACCCACGAAGCACCCAUCCCCCCACACCACGAGAUCCCUUCCAACGCUGUCGAAAUAACAAACUCCAUCCCUGGCGACUCUGCCGAGCUUGGACAAGGUGACCUGGGACUGCAGGGGGGUGUGGUAGCGGAGAGGAGCCACGAAGAGGAUGGGGAUGUCGAGAUGGAGGGUGUGAAGGAAGCGGCAGUGAAGGAGGCCGUUCAGAAGAGUGGGGAUCAGAUGGAGGUGGAUCAACCAGCGACUUUGAUUGAGGAGAAGGGAGAAACACCGGUGGAGAAAGACGAAGGGCUGGUGAUGGGGGAGAUGGAGCCUCCUGUUCCCGAGAUUGCUGUGGAAGGAGAGGACAAGCCUACUGAAGUCGAAAAGGAGGCUGAACUGCCAUAG